CAAUUUGGGGCAUGACGGUUUGUUUCUAACCAUUAUGUUAUCAAAUAAGCAGUUACAAAAAUUGUUCACUAGUAAUAUAAAACAAGUUAAUUGGAAGAAUAUACAGAAAUCACGUUCGCCUGAAGUUCUCUUCGUUGGUAGAUCAAACGUCGGUAAAUCUAGUCUUCUCAAUAGCAUUUUAUCGACGAAGGAUCUCGUCAGUACGAGUAGACACGCAGGACAUACAAAGCAUUUGGGUUAUUUCUCAACUUGUAAUGGUAAAUUAACUCUAGUCGAUGCACCAGGAUAUGGUAGUAUGGGUAGGGACGUAUGGGGUAAUAUAAUAGAAGAGUAUAUUGAAACGCGUAUGAAUUUGAAUAGAAUCGUUGUUCUUAUUAAUGCUAUGCAUGGUUUACUCGACAGUGAUCUUGCUUUUCUCGACUACCUGAAUCGACAAAGGGAAGAAUCAGCUGUAAAUUGGGUAUUUCAAUUGGCAUUUACAAAAUCUGAUACCGUUCCAACAAAUUUAUUAACACAACAGCUUGAAAUUAUUCAAAACGAUCUCGUAAAAAGAUUUCCGACGUUUACACCACCAAUACACCAGUUAUCAGUGAAAGACCCAACAUCAAUAAUGCAAUUAAGAAGAAAUUUACUCAGUUGAGAUAAUCUAUUAUAUGGAUAUAUCCUUGACUAGUACUAAAAACUGCUUUUCCUUGAUUUUCAUCAAAAUCACCAUCUGUAAUUAUACCCAUAUGCUCGCAAUCCGAUGGUGGGAAUACUAUAUUAGAAUUGUUAUCGAUUACCGUGCAUUUAGGAUUUAGUCCACCAGAUAUUGUCGAAAAAAAGUAGGUAUUUUCAUUCACGCUGAGCGUAUAUCCUUUAGAGAGUGAACUGAAAUUCAAGUCAAAUUCUCUUGUACUAUAUAAUGGAAACUCUAUUGUUUUUGGAUUACGGAUGUCUGAAAAGUUGAAUGCUGUUCUAUGAAUAUGGGUUUUCGAAACUGAUAAGAGGUAACAUGUUUCUGUUUUGUCGAUAGAAUCGUUAGAUGAUGAUUGUGAGAAUUUGGAGGCUUCGACUAGAUUGCUACUACCUGAUAAACGCGUAUUGACGAAUGAUUUGGUAAGUCUACUGUCACAUUGAACAAAUGACGCUUUUUUAUUAUCAAGGAACAUAUGCGAUUCGUUGAACGAUCUGAUAGAUGAUAAGUCAUUGUCCUCAACCGUAUUACUAUUAUCCAAGAUGUCCUGUGGUGUUUCAUAAAUUUCCAGCCUAAACGAACGAGUGAGGACGAGGAUGAAAUGUGAUUUACUGAAUAAUCUAAUAGCCGCAAUUGGUUGUAAUUGUUCACAUCCCCUUUUUAUUAUCAAUAUCCUAUUUGAUUUGUAAUUGAGAAUGUGUAUGUCGUCAGUGUAUGAGCCAUAAACGAUGAGAUUGUGAUCUAUUGAGAUGCAAUGUGCGUUUAUCCAUUUCUGGGGGUAUAUUGUAGAUAAUAGUUUUAUUUUAUGAGGACU